GUAUGGCCUUAGUCUCAUCUCUCACAAGCAAGGUGGAUCAUCUCUUAUCUCUUUCCCAUGGCCUCACCACAAGCAACCAAACUGUCUCUUAUAAUCAGAUCUCAAAGGUUGGCUUGUUGGCAGCACUGAGACAUCAACCAUGGUUUCUCUCUUUCACUCUUAAAAUCAAUUAACCCUAAAAACACUUUUUCAGUAUUAAUCCCAAAAGUUCCUCUCUCAUCUCUCUAUCUCUUUCCAUUAAAACAAUUCACAAGCAAAAAGAUCUGAGCUCUUAAAUGAGUUUAAGAUCUUCUUCGGUUCCUCCCUGCAAGAACUGGGUCUUACCUCGUGUACUUUCUCUAACCUCAAUUAAAUCCUUUUCAGGGCUUUGAUUUUAAUUAACUCAAGACGAAAAAUGGAUAUGAGAAGCCAUGAAAUGAUAGAGAGAAGAAGUGAUGACAAUGGAAACAAUGGUGCUGGUAACAUCAGUAGCAUUAUUACUAAUGAAGAUAAUUGUAACGGUAAUAAUAACAACAACACUCGUGUCUCUUGCAACUCUCAAACCCUAGAUCACCACCAAUCUAAGUCUUCCUCCAUCUCCGCCGCCGCUAAAACCACCGUAUGGUACCGGGAGUGUCUUAAGAACCACGCGGCGAACGUCGGAGGUAGUGUACAUGAUGGAUGCGGCGAGUUUAUGCCGAGUGGUGAAGAAGGAACAUUAGAAGCUCUCAGAUGCGCUGCUUGCGAUUGCCACCGUAAUUUCCACCGGAAAGAAGUCGACGGUGUUGGAAGCUCUGCUCAUCCCCACCGUCACCACCACCAGUACGGCGGAGGAGGAGGGAGAAGACCGCCGCCGCCGAACAUGAUGCUUAACCCACUCAUGCUUCCUCCACCGCCGAAUUACGCUCAGAUGCACCACCACAAGUACGGAAUGAGUCCUCCUAGUGGGAUGGUGACGCCGAUGAGCGUCGCUUACGGCGGAGGAGGUGGAGGAGCUGAGUCGUCUAGCGAAGAUCUGAAUAUGUACGGACAAUCAAGUGGAGAGCACGGAGGAGGUGCCACGUUGGGGCAGAUGGGGUUUUCUAAGAAACGGUUUAGGACAAAGUUCACAACGGAGCAGAAGGAGAGGAUGAUGGAGUUUGCGGAGAAGCUAGGGUGGAGGAUGAACAAGCAAGACGAAGAAGAGCUCAAGAGGUUCUGUAAUGAUAUCGGAGUUAAGAGACAAGUGUUCAAAGUGUGGAUGCACAAUAACAAGAACAAUGCCAAGAAACCAACAACAACAACAACACCAGGAACUCUCUAAGGGCGAAAUGAUUAAGUACCUAAUUGAGAGAUUAUGUCAGAGAUUUUCUUUUAAUCUAUUGUUGUUGGUUUUUUAAUGUUAUCUAGGUUUUUGUAGCUUGUACGAUCUUUGGAUCAAUCAAUGGAUGCUUUGAUUGCGUAGUUAAUGUUUUUAAUUUGGUUUGCUU